AUGACUAUCCGAGGUAGGAGCUGUAAGGACCAGUGCAACAAUCCAGCUGGCUUCUGUUCUUCUGAAAACAUCUCCAACUUCAACAGCACCUUGGAGUCGAAGCCUACUGCCAGCACAGAGAAAGUGAAUGGCAGACUCUUAGACCAUUUUCAGCCUCCAGGCGGCCUCAUUAUUGACAAAGAAUCUGAAGUGUACAAAACGCUGCAGGAGAAACAGGAGUCAAAUGAGUCCCUGAAACAGUCCACAUCAUUCCUAGUUAUGCAAGAAAUCAUAGAGUCUGAGGGAAAAAGGGAUCCCACGAAGCCCUCAGGAUUCAGAAGUGUUAGAGCUCCUGCUACCAAGGUAGCUUCAUCGACUGGAAAUGCUUAGAAUUUGCCCAUGUUGCUACAAAUGUAGCACUGGCAUUGUUGCAUGUUUGUGAAGCUGCAGGACCAUCCUCCCCCCCCCCCUUAUGUGUGCACCAACUGUGGCACCAACCUGAAACAGAAGGGCCAUUUCUUUGUGAAGGAUAAAAUUUGCUGUGAAAAUCAUGCCGGAGAGCAAGUCACACCACCUGAGGGUUAUGAUGAGGUCACUGUGUUCCCUAAAUAA